GACUCGUUUCCCCGCGAUUGUAAAUUCAACCAAUUCAAGUCUUUAUUUCUUUCUUCACAUAGGCGGCGUCUCUCCAGAACAAGCCACCAUGGUGCGCGCCUUUUCCAAAUUCCCCAAGAAGCCCGCGGGCUGGGUACCACCCUCAGCGCCGCUGGAGCAGCGGAAGCAAGUAUUCCUCCCCGACUUCACAAUCGCCCUUCUCCGCACCCCCUUCCUCCCACCCCGCUUCGCCUCGUUCCACGUCCCUCUGAGCUUCAACAAACUCGACAUGCGCGACUACCUGCAGCGCCUGUAUGGAGUCGACGUUCUCGGCGUCCGCAGUUACAUCGAACAGCAGAAGAUCACCCGCCUGCGGCCGAUGGGUAGAUGGGGUUACGGGAAGUUGAGGAGACCGGAGUCGAAGAAGAGGAUGACGGUUGAGAUGAAACAGCCGUUUGUGUGGCCUGAUGCGCCGGCGGAUAUGUCUCCAUGGGAGAAGGACCAGUUCUUCAGAGCAGCCAAGUACCAAGAGGAUAUCCAGAAAGCGAACCGUCCCGAUGCCGGCAUGGAGCCUAACAAGCCUGAGCGUGAGGCGUUCGAGGAAGAGGCUAAGCAGCUGCUGGAAGGGAAGAAGGCCUGGAGACCGACUUGGCAGGCAUUGGGUCUUAGCUAUGACCGGUCAGCGCUUGGUAGGGGGAACAAUGCACCGACGAGUUGAGUUGGGGGUUUUAUGAGUUGAUGUGGGUUCGUUACGUUAUCAUUUCCUUGGUCUGUGGGAUAGAAAAGCGUUCCUGUUUCUCUGUCUGUAUUUUUGGGUGUUUUCAUGGUCUUUGAACUGUGAGGUUUGUAUUAUACUAUUACUUCUAAAUACAUGCCCAUGGGGCACGUUUCUCAUGCUUCCAA